AUAAAGAAAAUUUCUGAGAGGACGACUGAUUCAUUAUUUGAUUUGAUUAUUGGAACUACAAUAAUAGUGUGAUGAUAGCAGCUGCAAUUGGAGUUCGGAAAAAAGAGGGGCCUGGUUGGUGAGUCAGUGAGUCGCGUUUACACAAUUACACGGCAGCGAGUUGAAAGUUGAAACCCAAACUCGCUGUUGAAGCUGUGUCUGUACUCUCUCUGGCAGGCGUAGCUGUUACCUCACUCACUCACUGACUAACUCACUCGACUCGUUGGCGUGAACUCACUGGUUUGUUACUACUCUCAAAAGCUUUUAAGCUUCCUUCAUUCACUCCUGAACCCUAGCUAGCACGAGAAUGGGAGAUCAAGUCGACGAGAGGUUGGGAUCCGAUGGAUUGGACUCCGAUGCUGCUGGUGGCGCCGCCGUCAAGGCCGAUGAGCUCUGCAUGGAGAUCGAUCCGCCCCCGUUGCAGGAGAACGUCGCUACCGCUGAGGAUUGGCGGAGAGCACUCAGCAAGGUCGUCCCCGCUGUCGUCGUCCUCCGCACAACCGCAUGCCGCUCGUUCGACACUGAGUCUGCCGGUGCCAGCUACGCCACCGGCUUCAUCGUCGACAAGCGCCGCGGCAUCAUCCUCACCAAUCGCCACGUUGUCAAGCCCGGUCCUGUAGUUGCAGAGGCCAUGUUUUUGAACCGCGAAGAAGUUCCAGUGCAUCCAAUAUACAGAGAUCCAGUCCAUGAUUUUGGGUUCUUUCGUUAUGAUCCUGGUGCUAUACAAUUUCUGAAUUAUGAUGAAAUACCUCUUGCACCUGAGGCUGCAUGUGUUGGACUAGAAAUCAGAGUUGUUGGCAAUGACAGUGGUGAGAAGGUUUCCAUUUUGGCUGGUACUCUUGCUCGGUUGGACAGGGAUGCUCCUCACUAUAAGAAGGAUGGGUACAAUGACUUCAAUACCUUCUACAUGCAAGCAGCCUCUGGGACCAAAGGAGGAUCAAGCGGUUCCCCAGUUAUAGAUUGGCAAGGGAGGGCAGUGGCCUUGAAUGCUGGGAGCAAGUCAUCAAGUGCAUCAGCAUUCUUUUUACCUCUAGAACGAGUAGUGAGGGCAUUGAGAUUUAUUCAAAAGGGCAGUGAAACAUAUGUUGAUAAAUGGAAGGCAGUUUCUAUACCUCGUGGUACACUUCAGGCAACCUUUCUGCAUAAAGGUUUUGACGAGACUCGCAGGCUUGGUCUAAAAAGCGAGACGGAGCAGAUGGUACGUCAUUCUUCUCCAUCUAGUGAAACUGGAAUGCUAGUUGUGGACUCUGCGGUGCCAGGCGGUCCAGCUUAUAAACAUUUGGAACCAGGCGAUGUGCUUGUUCGUGUCAAUGGGGAAGUCAUUACUCAGUUUCUGAAACUGGAGACUGUACUUGAUGACAACGUAAACAAGAAUAUUGAAUUACAAAUUGAAAGGGGUGGCACAUCGAAGAUAUUAUCUUUGUUGGUGCAAGAUUUACACGCUAUUACUCCUGAUUAUUUCUUAGAAGUAAGUGGGGCAGUGAUACAUCCUCUUUCUUAUCAGCAGGCUAGGAACUUCCGUUUUCACUGUGGUCUUGUGUAUGUGACAGAACCCGGAUAUAUGCUCUUUAGGGCAGGAGUUCCUCGCCAUGCAAUAAUUAAGAAAUUUGCUGGGGAAGAGAUAUCUUGUGUGGAGGAAUUGAUAUCAGUUCUCUCUAAUCUAUCUAGGGGUGCUCGAGUUCCUUUGGAGUACAUAAGCUACAUGGAUCGUCAUCGAAGGAAGUCUGUAUUGGUGACAGUUGACCGCCAUGAGUGGUAUGCCCCUCCCCAGAUAUACACUCGGGAUGACAGUACAGGCCUCUGGAUUCCAAGGCCAGCUUUUCAGCCUGACUCCUGUUUUCUAUCAUCUGGUUUUAAAAAUGUUGGAAAUAUCGCCAACCAUCCAGUUUCACUAAGUGGGGAACAUGUGCCUGAAGAUAACAAUCAUGAGUUGGCUGAUGGUGUCACUAGCAUGGAAACCAAUUAUGAAGAUCCUUCUGCAUAUGUAUCUCACCACAAUGCAUCUGAUGCUGGAGUGAAGAAACGAAAAAUGGAGGAAGAUUUACCUGCUGAUGGAAGUGUUGCUGAUGUUUCCUUAAAUGAAACUGGUGAAACAAAGGUCGGAAAACCAAAUGCUAUGCAGGAUGAUGUUUUAAUGGAUUAUCAGGGUGUAACUGCUGCAGCAGCAAAUGCAUCAGUUGCUGAGCGUGUCAUUGAGCCUACUCUUGUGAUGUUUGAGGUCCAUGUUCCUCCAUCUUGCAUGCUUGAUGGUGUUCAUUCACAGCAUUUCUUUGGAACUGGUGUCAUAAUAUAUCACACUAAAGAUAUGGGACUGGUUGCAGUUGAUAAGAAUACAGUUGCAAUUUCUGCCUCUGAUGUGAUGCUAUCAUUUGCUGCUUUCCCAGUUGAAAUUCCAGGAGAGGUGGUAUUUCUCCAUCCUGUUCACAAUUAUGCUCUCAUAUCAUAUGACCCCUCUGCUUUGGGACCUGUUGGUGCUUCAGUCGUUCAUGCAGCAGAGUUACUUCCAGAGCCAGCAUUACGUCGAGGGGAUUCUGUUUACCUAGUUGGGUUGAGUAGAAGCCUUCAAGCAACCUCUAGGAAAUCUGUUGUCACCAAUCCUUGUGCUGCACUAAAUAUAGGAUCUGCUGAUUCCCCACGUUACAGAGCAACUAAUAUGGAAGUAAUUGAGCUCGAUACUGAUUUUGGUAGUACAUUCUCAGGUGUGCUAACAGAUGAACAAGGAAGGGUCCAAGCUAUAUGGGGAAGCUUCUCUACUCAGAAGAAGGGAAAGAGAAGAAAGACGAAAACUGGAAAGAGACGAGAGAUGACAAAUUUUACUCAAACUUCAAGAGGCUACCUGAUGCUGAAAUUUGGUUGCAGUACAUCAGAGGAUCAUCAAUUUGUGAGGGGCCUUCCAAUUUAUGCGAUAAGUCAAGUUCUUGAAAAGAUUGUAUCCGGUGCAAAUGGGCCACCUCUUCUAAUAAAUGGUGUCAAACGGCCUAUGCCCGUUGUGAGAAUUUUAGAGGUUGAACUUUAUCCCACAUUGCUUUCUAAGGCUCGGAGUUUUGGAUUGAGUGAUGACUGGAUUCAGGCACUUGUUAAGAAAGACCCAGUAAGACGGCAGGUUCUACGUGUUAAAGGUUGCUUGGCUGGAUCUAAGGCUGAGAAUCUUUUAGAACAAGGAGACAUGGUGUUGGCUAUUAAUAAAGAACCAGUGACAUGCUUCCGUGACAUUGAAAAUGCUUGCCAAGCUUUAGACAAAUCUAAUGCCAAUGAUGGGAAGCUUCACAUAACUAUUUUUCGGCAGGGACAAGAGGUCGAGCUUCAGGUGGGAACAGAUGUUAGGGAUGGAAAUGGCACAACACAUGCAAUUAACUGGUGUGGCUGCAUUGUUCAAGAUCCACACCCCGCAGUACGAGCUCUUGGAUUUCUUCCUGAAGAAGGCCAUGGUGUAUAUGUGGCAAGGUGGUGUCAUGGCAGCCCUGUACAUAGAUAUGGUCUAUAUGCUCUACAGUGGAUAGUUGAAAUCAAUGGGAAGCCAACUCCAAAUUUAGAUGCUUUUGUUGAUGUGACAAAGGAACUAGAGCAUGGGGAGUUUGUACGUGUGAGGACAAUUCACCUAAAUGGAAAGCCACGGGUCCUAACAUUGAAGCAAGAUCUGCAUUAUUGGCCUACGUGGGAAUUGAGAUUUGAUCCAGACACUGCAAUUUGGUGUCGCAAUAUAAUCAAAUCGUUGAAAUGCAGUACUGUAUAAGCAGAGUAUAUUAUUGGCAAACAAAACCCUAUAGAACCAGCAGCUGAGAGCACCUGAAAUCUUGUGGAAGGCAUCUGUGAGGUUUUCAGACAUGCCACUCAAAAUUGUUGUGGUGUUGCAGAUUUGAUGCUCUGCCUGGAGAUGUCUACUGCAUCGCCUUGAUUGGUGAGUUAUAGAGUAUUCAAUCCAUGCUGGCAAUGUUAUUUUUGGAUCAUGUACUGCAUCAUUGAACCCGUCGCUUAAUUAUACUAUAUAUGCUGGAAACGUUGGGUAAUAAAAGGUAAAUUAAAAAUAAAUAUAUACUUAUCAUUUUUUAGGUUGUUGAAACCAGAAAGCUUCUGUGUGGUUUCUCUUGGCUUUUGUAUAUCUUAUCAAACUAUGAUGCCUUUAGCAUCCUCACUUGCUCUUUCAAUGUAAAUGUGAUGGAAAAAUUCGGUAGUAGUAAUGUAAUUUUUGAAGACGAUUGUCAUU